AAAAGAAGCGAGAGGGGGAGAGAGAGAGGGAGAGAUGGCGAGUGGAGAGAUCUCCACUCUUCCCUCGGCUCCGGCCGACAGCUUUCCUCCGGGCCACUUCAAAGAGCCCAAGCGGCUGUACUGCAAAAACGGAGGCUACUUCUUGCGCAUCAACCCGGACGGACGAGUGGACGGCAUCCGCGAGAAAAACGACCCCAACAUCCGGCUGCAGCUCCAGGCGACGGCAGUGGGAGAGGUCGUCAUUAAGGGCAUCUCGGCUAAUCGCUACCUUGCCAUGAGCUCUGAGGGAAGGCUAUUUGGAACGAGACGAGCAACGGAUGAAUGUUACUUCUUCGAGCGCCUGGAGCCGAAUAACUACAACACGUAUCGAUCACGGAAAUAUCCAAACUGGUAUGUUGCACUAAAGAGGACGGGGCAGUACAAGAGCGGAGCGAAGACAGGACCUGGACAAAAAGCUAUCCUCUUCCUCCCAAUGUCAGCCAAGAGCUAAACUUCAUCUGUGUGAGUUUUUAUUUGUUUAUGUGAAAACGAAGGCCAGAAUAUGGACAGUUAAUCUUUUUGGGAUAUUAACAAAGGGUUUUAUUCUUAUUGUUAUGAUUAUUUUUUUUUCGCAAAAGAAACGUUGGGCCAGAUUCAGACAACUGAAUUCCUUCCAAACAUAAAAUUAUCACCGUGCUUAACCUGCUUAUCACUAAUGAAUUGUUUUCGGCUAUUAAUCAAUGAUUGCAACUUGUGAUUUUUUUUUAACUCAUUUUGUCUGAGAUGUGAAAAGAAAUGUGGAAAAACGAAAGAGGUUCUGUUAAAAAAAACUGGUCAUUUUUGAACACACAGAUAUCGAGUUAGAUUUAACAGCAACGAAUUCAAGGGUUUUUUUUUGAAGCUACUAAGUAUAUCAUAAUAAACAUAGCUUGAUCUGUGUAAUUCUUCAUCGACAAUUUCAUUCACUUCGUUUUUUAUUUAGUCCGAUUGAUUUUCUGAAAAUUUGUGCAAUUUAUAAUGCUUUUGGAAAGUUUUUGUGAAUCUCGAAAUUACAAUUGUGUACGGUAUUAGGCACACUGGAGGUUAAAAAAAAUAUAUAGCUGGAGGUAAUAUUCCGAGAAAAAACUCAACGUUCUUUGAGAUUUUAAAGUCGAAAAUUCAUAAGAAAAAAACUCGGAAGUCGUUCUGAGAUUUACAAAAGUCAGAAAUUCAAAGAUUAGGAAAAUUUACAAAGUUGACAUACUCAUAAACGACCUCAUGCUUCCCAUCUUCCUGGCUGCAGUGCAUUCUGGGAAAUAUCGGAGAAAAUCUCUUCGCACUUUAUUCUUUUUUCUUGCGCGAUCGAGGACGAAAGACUGCAUUUCCGACCGGCUCAGUUGUGGCAUCUGUGACGUGAGAAUAUUGUAAAGUUCAACUUUCUAAAGUUAAGUUAAACGAUCUGGUUCUUUGACAAGAUACGAAACAAAACAAAACACGAUUUUAAAGUAAAAAAUUCAUAAGGAAAAAACUCGGAAGUCAUUCCGAGAUUUACAAAAGUCAGAAAUUCUAAGAUUAGGAAAAUUUACAAAGAUCGGAAACGAUCUCAUGCUUCCCGUCUUGCGAUUUUAUCUCGCAAAUCUGUGACUUUUUACUCUCGGAAUUUCUGAGUUCUUUCCUUGACAAUGUCUGAGUUUAUUCUCAAAAUUUCACCCCUCCAUCAGCUCCAUUUUUUUUAUUUACAGUGGAACUAAUACACCAUCUUUAGAAACGUUAAUCUAAUGUCAAACGAAGUAGAAAGUGCGUAACUUAAUUCUUUUGUCCAACGUCACUUGAAAUUAUCGAUAAUUUAUUAUUUUCGGCCAGUAAAAACAACAAUAAUAGCAAAAUAAUUCCACUUGGACUGAACCCCAGUGCUGCCACUUGUAAUUUAAGUUUGUAAUUUUAUACAUUUAGAAUGUUUUUCAGAAAUAUAACACUUCAUUCCGAUGAAAACUGUCAUUAUUUGGACUUAAGGUUCAUGUUAUAAAGUCCAAAAAUCACGAACUUAACCAGAAGUUUGUCCUGAACAUUGAAGAAAACAAAGUUUCACCAUCUGCAGCCAAUCAGUGUCAUUUAACGAAGCCAACAGGAAGUUCUCCGUCUGUAAUCUCAGCCUGGAGUUCUUUGAUCUUUUGUUUUUCUGCUCGAUGAAACAGAAGCAUGAAUGAAACUCGGAGCUAAAAGGUUUUCUGGUGAACUUUCAACACUGAACUCGAACAGGUGUUUUAUCAGAUUUUCUACGAUGGAUGUUGUACCAACUAGUAGGUUGGUCAAAGUUUUUAGAUAGAACUUAAAAUUUAUGUUGAAACAAUUUUGAAUGUUGAAACUUUCAACUAAGUUAUUUAAACGGUAUUUAUUGUAGGGACACUUCAUAAAACAUGAAUCAAAUUUAAGUUACAAGUUUAAAUUAAUAGACAAAAAUGACCAUGUCGGAAUUUUUUUUUUCAAUACGAAUUGACAAGUACAUGUCGGAACAAGAUUCUUUGACAUAACAAUCAAAUAAAAGCACUGAAAAAAAUGACUUCAUUCACAAAUUUACGAAGCAAUGAUGGAAUUGGUAAAAGCGCAUCUUCUUUUAAAGUUGCGUGAUUUUUGAAAGUUAUUUCAUUUUUAAAGCCUCUUGAUGUUUAUGACUGCAGCUCCUGUACGUUUUAUUUGUUUUAACGAAUGUCAUGACUAAAUAAUGUGAGUUUAAAAGAUGCUGCUUCUAUACAGUGUGUAUCCUCCUUUCUAGCUUUUAGUGUGUAUAGAUCAAAUUGUGCUGUAAAUGAGAUUUUAUGUGAGACAGAGAGAGAGCGAGAGAGAGAGAAAAAACACUAAAUAUUAUCGAUGUAUCUGUGUGUAUGGAGUUAAACUCUAACAGUAUUUCAAUAUAUUAACUUUCUUUGAUAUGACUGUCCUGUAUAUACAAUAUUUACAUUCAAUACUAUAUUUAAGUCCAAAUAUUUUCGGCAAUUACUGACUUCCUGCUUCAAAGUGAAGAACUGAAGUGGCAUUUUUUUUCCAGAAUAUGAUGAAAUCUCGUCAUUAAUAACAUCAACGUUUUGCUUCUUUUGGUUUAUUUGAAAGUGCUUGAAUAUCAGGUUUAGAUGUUUCAUUCAAGAAUAGUGGAAAAACACAUUUUUCGAAAAUAAAGGGUUUUUAUUCUUUUUUUAACUUUGUGCCGCAGUUAUACAGCACCAACAUUUUAUAAAAUGUCACAAUUUAACAGUGUAACCAUGUAAAAUGCAUCGUACAGCAUUAUUAUUAUUAUUAUUAUUAUUUUUAUUAUUAUUAAAACGAAAUUAGCGUGUGUUUUAUCAUAUUUAUUUGCUAGGUCAAAUAGAAGUAAGAAACAAAACUAAUCAACAGCACAUCCUGAAGUGUUUUCUUCUUAUGUCUAUCACCGCAAAGUGCCAGCAAUUACAAUUUUUAAUUUAUUUUAAUUCAUCACUUUCUAAUCAUGACAUCGUACUUUUAUCUGUUUGGAGUUACAUUUAAUGUCGUCGACAAACAAAUCAGUUUCUAAUUAGUACAAAUUGGGAAGCCAUGGCCUAUGGUUAGAGAAGCAGCUUUCGGACCAAAAGGUCGCUAGUUCGAUUCCCUGGACGAGCAGGACUGGUUGAAGUGCCCUUGAGCAAGGCACCUAACCCCCAACUGCUCUGGCAAGAGUGGUGGCAUACCUUGUGUCUGACUAGCCAAAGAAAAGCUGAUGUGAUUAUCAGUUCGGGUGGUGCCCGACUGAAAACAACAAAUUACUUCAAAGUAAUUUCCUUGACGAUUUUUCAUUUGUUUAUUAAUUAUGCAUAAAUUUCUGUAUGUCACGCGCCUGCCAUAUAAGUCCCUUUGAAUUCGUUCAUACUCCAGAUACAUUAAUAAUUUACAGUGUCUUGCAAAAGUAUUCAUCCCCCUUGGUGUUUGUCCGGUUUUGUCGCAUUAAAAGCUAAGCUGGAAUUUUUAGGGGGGUUAGCACCAACAAACCCAACACCCAGAGAACAUCAUUCCUACAGUGAAGCAUGGUGGUGGCAGCAUCAUGCUGUGGGGAUAUUUUUCAUCUGCCGGGACAGAAAAGCUGGUCAGGACUGAAGGAAAGAUGGAUGGCACUAAAUACAGGGCGAUUCUGGAGGAAAACCUGUUUGAGGUUUGAGAUUGGGACGAAGGUUCACGUUCCAGCAGGACAAUAACCCUACACAUACUGCGAAAGCUACACCACGGUUCAAUAGUUUGGGGUCACCCAGACAAUUUUGUGUUUUCCAUGAAAAGUCACACUUUUACUUACCACCAUAAGUUGUAAAAUGAAUAGAAAAUAUAGUCAAGACAUUUUUCUGGCCAUUUUGAGCAUUUAAUCGACCCCACAAGUGUGAUGCUCCAGAAACUCAAUCUGCUCAAAGGAAGGUCAGUUUUAUAGCUUCUCUAAAGAGCUAAACUGUUUUCAGCUGUGCUAACAUGAUUGUACAAGGGUUUUCUAAUCAUCCAUUAGCCUUCUGAGGCAAUGAGCAAACACAUUGUACCAUUAGAACACUGGAGUGAGAGUUGCUGGAAAUGGGCCUCUAUACACCUAUGGAGAUAUUGCACCAAAAACCAGACAUUUGCAGCUAGAAUAGUCAUUUACCACAUUAGCAAUGUAUAGAGUGGAUUUCUGAUUAGUUUAAAGUGAUCUUCAUUGAAAAGAACAGUGCUUUUCUUUCAAAAAUAAGGACCUUUCAAAGUGACCCCAAACUUUUGAACGGUAGUGUACACUGGAGUGGUUUAAAGGGAAACUUAUUUCAAUGUCUUGGAAUGGCCUAGUCAAAACCUCAAUCCAGUUGAGAAUCUGUGGCAGAACUUGAAGAUUGCUACACACCAACGCAACCCAUCGAACUUGCAGAAGUUGGAGCAGUUGCCUCGAGGAAUGGGCAAAAAUCCCAGUGGCUAGAUGUGCUAAGCUAAUAGAGACAUAUCCCAAGAGACUUGCAGCUGUAAUUGCAGCAAAAGGUGGCUCUACAAAGUAUUGACUUUGGGGGGUGAAUACCGAUACACACUCCAGAUUUGUUUCUCAUCUUAAUUAUUGUUUGUGUCACAAUUUAAAAAAAAAAAAUUUCACCUUUAAAGUUGUACGCAUGUUGUGGAACUGAAAUGGUGCUAACCCUCCAAAAAUCCAUUUUAAUUCCGGCUUGUAAUGCGACAAAACAGGACAAACACCAAGGGGGAUGAAUACUUUUGAAAGGCACUGUAUUCUAGCACAUUAAACUGCAUAAACUGUGAUUUCUGACGUACACCCCUGACCUACCGUCAGAGCUGCUGUUCGAGAAAUUAAAUCCACACUUUCUGACCAAUCAGAAUUGAGAAUUUAAAAGACCGACCUGUUGUUGAAAUACUUAAUUCCUCAACCAAGUUGUGUCUUCAAUUUUUAUACAAUUUGGACAUGAUCGCUGAACAGAAAACACACAUAUUGAAGAAAUAUAACAAAAGAAAUGCUGACUUGAGUUGGAAAGAAACGAAAUAUUUAAUAUCAUGUAACUGGAAUAUGUUUCAUGUACAGUCCUGUGCAAAAGUCUUAGGCCCACCUAAAGAGAUGAUGUCGUCCAAAAAUGGCUUAAAAUAAUAAAAUGAAAUGUUUCAACAUUAAAAAAAUACUAGAAACGGUAAGCAGUAAGCUUAAUAAAUGAAACAAAGUCAAUGUUUGGUGUGCUUUAAAAAAAUAAAAAUGGUCGUCUCAGGUCCAGUGAGUGCAGUUUUAUGCGGAAAUGAGCUGUAGGUUUUACUGAGCAUCUCACAGAACCAGCCACGGUUCUUCUGGACGCUUUGUCACACUCGCUUCUUCAUUCUGCACCAAAAUUUUGCCAGUAGCCUUCAUUACGGUAUGUUUUCUUUCUUAAUCUGAGAAGCAGGGCUUUGAACCGGUUCAAGGAACGAAAACGAAAACCGGGAACUUUUUCUAUUUCACAUGGAACAGAAACGAAACCAGAAACUUUAUUAUUUUUUAUGUUCCGGAACAGAAACGCUUAUUAAAAAUAAUGGUAACCGGUUAAUACCGGUUUUUAUUUCGUUCCUCAAAGUUUCCGUAGCCUACAAAUAAAAAAGCCAUGCCAUGUGCGAUGUUGCACCCGGGUCCAGAUUAGGGCAGAACCGGCCCUGGCUACAUUUCAGGUGUAGUUUGUUUUAUGUAUGUAUGUACUUGCAUAGAUGUGUACUUGGUCUUCCAAUAUGGCGCCUAACAAACUCUCGCGGCGCGGUGACGUCAUGCGGUAGCCCUCUAUAGGGCCUGACUAGCCUUUGGUAACACACUAAACAAAUUCUCUUUCAUUUUUGGCACUUUUUCUGUUUGUGUAGAUGGGAAGACAUACUGAGAAUCCAAAUCGCCAACAUUUGAAAUAAUAAUUGUUUUGAAUCAUUUCUUGUCUUAUUUAAUGAAGGUUGUAAUAGAAUUAGCCUACAUUUGGCUUAAGCUGGAUGAGACCGAGACAUAAUUUUAUAGCCAUUUGUUAAACAGCUGACAGGGAACGUAAUUAACCGUUCCGGGAACGAAAUUUUUUUGUUCUAACUGGUUCGGGAACGUCUAUUUAAUGGUGGAACCCAAAACCGGAAACGUUAAAAUUCCGUUUCUGUUCGGAACGAACCAAUAGGAAAAAAAUUCUGGUUCAAAACCCUGCUGAGAAGUGUUCUCUUAUGGAACAUGCUGCUCAGAUACAAACUUUUUUUUUUCUGUAACAUUUAAUUUUGUGCUGGAAAACGAACAUUUGGACUCUCAAACGCUUUGACUCAAUGUAUAAGUCAUAAAAUAAAAACCGAUAAAGUUUGUAUGAAAAAAAUAGGGGUGCGAACACUUUUGCACAGCACUGUAUAUGUCAGGUAACAGCAAUUUAUAGACUAAUAAUAAUAAUCAUAAUAAAGACGUCCAGUAUUAUUCAUUUUUUCAGCCAUUGUGUUCAAAUGAAAUUCUACUAUUUGGCCCUUUUACCAUCUUUUUUUUUUAAGUAAAUUUAUUGCUUCAAAGUGAUAUUUAAAUACGACAAACGGCCAUUCGUUUGAUUCCCCGAUUCAAAAAGGCCUCUCGGAAAGCAGGCUUGUCCGAGUAUCUUCGGCACACUGUGCCUUAUUUAUAUCGCUCGGGAAUUUUCCUGUGAUAAAUCUGAUAGAUGGAUCCGGUGUACACCGAGGGCAGUUCCUCCAUGCUUAGAUCGAUGUUGUCGAAUCCGUUUUCGAGUCCGUAGAGAAGCACUUUGGAGACGUGGCUCGUUAUUGGCGCAGCGUCACUAAUUCUGGCCAAUUUUGCCAAAUCCAUCCAUUCGCAUCGUAAACACUCGUGCUCGCAGAAGUUAAUCUCGUAGGUUACUGGAGCGAGACGGCAGAUCAGAUACAUGUCCGAAUUCCCAAACGCUCCGGGGUGGUGGUGCUGCUGGCGGACACUCAGGAGAGAUCGGAAUUCAGAUCGGAUGCCAGUUUCCUCAAAAACUUCGCGGACUGCAGUGUCGCCUAAUUUAGGGGGAAAAAAAAAAGAGUGAACAAGUACUGAUUUGCAAAUGUUUAUCAAGGAUAAACUUUGUGUAUUUUACGGAAGCCGCGAGAGGCCCUUCAUAUAAUCUUUUUUUUAUUCACCUUGUUG